AUGGGCUCUAUAAACCACGGCUCGUCAUUGUCAAUCCUGCCCGCUGAGAAAGGAUCGCCCGAGAUCCCCAUCAUCGAUGACAACGAACCUUUGGGUGAUGUGGUUCGAAAAUUGCACCACUAUCUCGCUCUUGCUAUAUGCGAUGUCUCUUAUACAUUUGAGCAGAUGAGAUCAUCGUAUGGGCAGAAUCUGCGGCUGCUCAUAAACUCUCUGGCAGAGGACUCCCAUAACCCUUACAUUAUCUCGGCUUUGAUGAUCUUGAAGUGGCAAUACGGCAGAGAAGACGAAGCCGACUGGGGUCUCAAUGAAAGUCGCGGGUAUGCAUGUGAAUAUGUCGCUUGGCAGUUCUUGUGCCAUCUCAACCAAAGAGAGACAAUUGAGUUCCUUCUCGAAGAGCUCAGCUGCCCGCCACGGAAUGCCUCCAGUCUCUCUGACGCGGAGAGAGGUGCUUCUGCUUUUGGUAGUUCCAGUCGCGGAGGAAAGACACAAGACAACGAGAGAACGCCUUUGUUAUCGAGCUCCUCCUCUUCUUUAUACCGCCUUUUUGGAGGCAAGAGACGAGUAGGUGGUACUUUCGAACCAGACCACUCUUACCACUCUUCGCUCUAUGAAUAUGACAUGGAGAACUUUUCGCUCUUCCUCGGCCUGAACGCGCUCGAGAUCGCGAUCAUUGCCCAAGCGAAAAAGUUUCUCAGCCAGAAGGUCGUUUUGCGGGUCAUUGAUAACAUCUGGAAGGGAGAGAUUGUUUUCUGGGACACUCUUAGCGUGAAUUCCACCAAAAAACCCCAAUUUUUCAACAAGAGAGUGGCAGAUCCAUAUUCAAGACUAAGGGUGCCUUUGUAUCGGAAGGCUUUCGAGGCUGCCUUCUUCAUAUCUUUCCUCUUUCUAUAUUAUGCCGUCCUUGUUGAAAGGAAACCGACCGGAAUAGGGACGUUCGAGGCGUUGAUGUAUUUCUGGAUUGCCGCCUUCAUUUACGAUGAAGUAGGUGGCAUAGCCGAUGCAGGAAUGCUCUUCUAUCAGAUGGAUUUCUGGAAGCUGUGGAACUUGGGCAUCAUUGUCACAGGUCUUGCUUUUGCCAUUACGCGGGUUAUUGGGUUAACCAACAAGAGUGCCUAUCUAACGGAUCUCUCAUUUGAUGUUCUGUCCCUCGAGGCGUUGUUCUUGAAUCUGUUCCCUCGUGAGCUUGAACUCAUACUUCGGAAGUCUGGGCGCUGGGACAAGGCUGAUAUGGCACAGACGAAAGCGUUUUUCAGGUUUAUGCCCGUUGUUGUAGUCCUGUAUAUUGGGUUUCUGACGUCGUUCACGAUGCUCGCCCGUGACCGCCUUUCCGUCCGGGAGAUGUCAUGGAUUCUGGUGAAGGUGUUCUUCGGAUCGAACGUGUUGGGCUUUGAUAUCGCUCAUGAAAUUUCCCCCAUCUUCGGCUAUGGUCUGAUGAUCAUCUUUGUUUCCAUGACAAAUCUUCUUCUGAUCUCGUCGUUGGUCAGUUUGAUGAGCAUGAGUCUCGAAGGGGUGAUGUCGCAUGCUCGCGAAGAGUAUCUGUUCCAGUUAGUCUACGCCAACUACUAUGCGCAUUCACCCAAAUGCUAA